GCCAAGAUGACUCUGGAGCAGCCAGCCGGUGAAAUGUGGCAGAAGAUCCGCGAGGAGCUGAACGAAAACGUGGAGACCAGAGACUCCGACCUCGCCCACAUCAAGGAGUGGCUGAAGAAGGAACCGCAUCUACCUGAUGAAUUCGAUGACCAGCGCAUCAUGACCUUCCUCCGAGGUUGUAAGUUCUCCUUGGAGAAGACCAAGCGCAAGCUGGACAUGUACUUCACUAUGAGGACAGCUGUGCCGGAAUUUUUCACGAAUCGUGACGUCAAACGUCCAGAAUUGCAAGAAAUUUUGAGUUUAGUUCAAACUCCUGCAUUACCUGGCAUCACUCCCGAGGGCAGAAGGGUGGUUAUUAUGCGAGGACUCGAUAAAGAUGCUGCUACACCAAACGUUGCCGACGCUUUUAAGUUGGCCUUCAUGAUGGGAGACGUCAGACUUGCCGAAGAGAAGGAGGGAGUAGCAGGAGACGUGUACAUUCUGGAUGCUUCCGUAGCAACUCCUACGCACUUCGCCAAGUUCACACCAACCUUGGUCAAGAAAUUCUUAGUUUGUGUACAGGAAGCCUAUCCCGUCAGGCUUAAAGAAGUGCAUGUUAUCAACGUAUCCCCACUUGUAGACAAAAUCGUGAACUUUGUCAAGCCCUUCAUAAAGGACAAGAUCAAAGAAAGGAUCUUCCUUCACACUGACACUAACGAUCUUUACAAAUAUGUUCCCAAAGAAAUGAUGCCUGCGGAAUAUGGUGGUAAUGCUGGUUCUAUGAGCGACCUUCAUGCUUCUUGGGUGAAGAAACUAGACGAGUACACAGAUUGGUUUGCAGAGCAAGAGAAUAUCAAGGCAAACGAGGCUCUGAGACCAGGCAAGCCUACUAACUACGACGAGCUCUUCGGAAUCGACGGCUCAUUCCGUCAGUUGGUGAUCGACUGAAAACUUUCUCAGAUACGUACGAAGAAUGCGA